AUGAACAUCGAGAGAGAUGAGCUGGUUUCGCUCAGUGACAGCACGACGAUGGAAGACGUAUCGUUCAGCACAUACCAAAACCCGGAGCAUGGCCAGCUGGCAGAAGCAUCUGGAACAAAUGAUGGGUGGUUCAGCACAUACCAAAACCCGGAGCAUAGCCAGCCGGCAGAAGCAUCUGGAACAAAUGAUGGGUGGUUCAGCACAUACCAAAAUCCGGAGUUUAGCCAGCCGAUAGAGGCAUCUGGAACAAAUGAUGGGUGGUUCAGCACAUACCAAAAUCCGGAGCAUAGCCAGCCUGCAGAAGCAUCUGGAAUAAAUGAUGGGUGGUUCGGCACAUACCAAAACCCGGAGCAUAGCCAGCCGGCAGAAGCAUCUGGAACAAAUGAUGGGUGGUUCAGCACAUACCAAAAUCCGGAAUUUAGCCAGCCAAUAGAAGCAUCUGGAACAAAUGAUGGGUGGUUCAGCACAUACCAAAACGCUGAGCUUGGUGAGCUAGCGCAGGUCGGAGAUUAA